CUGUCAGUUGCGGAUAGCGGUUGUUAGCUUGCUAGCUUAAGCUAACUCGGGUCCCUUUCUGUCAGUAGCUGAAAGCGGUGACAGCUGAACGUAGUAUUUUUUUUUACCCCCCACACACAGCUGUUCGCCCGAUACGAUCGCCACGAUGUUCGAGGAGGCUAGCGAAGUGUUCGACAACAUGUUCAAGUCCUCGUUUCCUCUCACCUUCAUCGUGUUCAUCCCCGCGGUGUUGAUCCUGGUGUCCCCGCUCCCGGCCGAGGCGGCACACGAGUUUACGGUGUACCGCAUGCAGCAGUACGACCUGCAGGGACAGCCCUACGGUACCAGGAAUGCCAUCCUGAAUACGGAGGCUCGUACUGUGGAAGCGGAGGUACUAAGUCGUCGCUGUGUUAUCAUGCGGCUGGCUGAGUUCUCCUAUGAAGAGUACCAGAAAGCCCUGCGCCAGUCAGCAGGAGCUGUGGUCAUCAUCCUGCCCAAGAACAUGUCUGCUAUGCCGCAGGACAUAGUGCAGCAGUUCAUGGAGCUGGAGCCGGAGAUGUUGGCCACAGAGACCAUCGUCCCCGUCUACUUUGCCAUGGAGGACGAGGAGCUGCUGUCCAUCUACACCCAAACCCUGACCUCCUCCUCCUCGCAGGGCUCAUUAUCAGCAGCAGAAGUGCUGCUGCAUACAGCCACCGCCAACGGCUUCCAGAUGGUAACCAGUGGAGCUCAGAGUAAAGCUGUUAGUGACUGGGCCAUCACCAGUCUAGAGGGUCGUCUGGCUGGAGUUGGAGGAGAAGACCUGCCCACUAUAGUGGUGGUCGCCCACUACGACUCCUUUGGUGUUGCUCCAUGGCUGUCGUACGGCGCUGACUCAAACGGCAGUGGGGUGUCCAUGUUACUAGAGCUGGCUCGUCUCUUCUCCAAACUGUACACCUACAAGAGAACGCACGCCGGGUACAACCUGCUGUUCUUUGUAUCUGGUGGGGGAAAAUUCAACUACCAGGGCACGAAACGUUGGCUGGAGGACAAUCUGGACCAUACAGACUCCAGUUUGCUGCAGGACAACGUAGCCUUUGUGUUGUGUCUGGACACUCUGGGGAACGGAGACACUCUGCACCUCCAUGUGUCCAAACCUCCUAAAGAGGGGAGUCCUCAGUAUUCUCUACUUAAAGAGCUGGAGCUGGUGGCCGCUAGUCAGUACCCAGAGGUCAAGUUCUCGAUGGUCCACAAGAAAAUCAACCUGGCCGACGACAUGCUGGCCUGGGAGCACGAGCGCUUCGGGAUCCGCCGCCUGCCGGCCUUCACGUUGUCCCAUCUGCCCUCCCAUCGCGCGGCUCAACGCUUCAGCAUCAUGGACGUGCGGUCAGUGUCCCCCUCCUCUCGCCACGGAGCGGGAGAGCCCCCUGCUGGGCCUCAUGUAGAUGUGCAGAAACUCAGCAGAAACACAAAGCUGGUAGCAGAGGCGCUGGCCAGGGUCAUUUACAACCUCACUGAGAAGGGCGCUCCUGGGGACCUGCAGAUCUUCAGUGAACAGAUGCAGGUGCAGGACGAGCAGCUCUCAGCGGUGGUCGACUGGCUCACAGCGCAGCCCCGAGCCGCUCAGCUGGUGGACAAAGACAGCAGCGUGGUGUCCACUCUGGAGUAUCACCUCGGACACUACCUCAAGGACGUCAAGAGACACUACGUCAAAGCUGACAAAAGAGAUCCAGAGUUUGUAUUCUACGACCAGCUGAAGCAGACUAUGAAUGCCUACAGAGUGAAACCUGCUAUUUUUGACCUGCUGCUGGCCGUCUGCAUUGCAGCCUACUUAGGGAUGAUGUAUCUUGCUAUCCAGAACUUCGGAAUCCUCUACAGUGUUGUACGUAGAAUCACCCAACCCAAGACGAAGACCCAUUAAAGUGCAUGACACCAUUUUUUUUUCUCCCUCCCCCAAAAUCCAACCCUUUUUCCACAAAUCAAGGAACUUUAACCAGUAAGAACGCAGCAGCUGGUCCGGGCUGCUGGUCUCAUGAUGGUUUUCAAACCAGCAGAAUCUCUUCCAUGUCUUUCAUCCUGAUCCACAGACUAUGAUGUCAGAUCCUGUCCUGCUGCCAACUUAAUCCAUUUGGUCUCACUGGCCGGAAUAAUCAGGAAUCAUUUUUCACUCUCCCUGUCUUCAUGAACACAGAUGUCUCGUCAUUCAUUUAUGGUCAUCCCUCGCGUCGGACAUAUUUCAUUAUUUCACUCUUGUGAGGGAUGUAAAGCAUUUGUCCACACCUCUUGAGAUCCAGAUGAGAUUAAGUGUCCUCAUUCCUCCUCUGGUUUACUGUACGAGUGACCGCUCUGCCAAACUGACGUCAUGUGUUGUCUCAGGCAGCUACAGGGAGAAACUGGCCACGCAGAGUUUAGCCCAGAAUUUCUUUUGUCAGGAGAUGUGUUCACCCAACCUGGUUGUUAAAGGAAAAGUUCGCAUUUUUCAAUCUGCUUGAAUACAAUACUCACAUUUCCAUAAAGAAGUUUAAAGACGUAUUUGUAAUUGUUCUUUCUCACCGUAAUGACGCACUCCUAAAUCCACAUUCCUCGUUCCGUGCAAAAACACCUUCUAAUGUGCAGUUGACAUUUAAAAUGUUUAAGGUACAAAAUCCACCAUCAGUGAAACACAGUGAGUUUCAUACUAAAAAGACAGUUAACAUUAGAUGAUACCGACUUGACCUCAUUUUAACUUCAGAUGCAUUUUUGCACAGAAAGGACUGUGGAUUUUGUAUCCAUCUUUAAGGGCUCCUGCUCAGCAUUCCUAUGAAUCGAUCGAUUUCUUUGACUAAAAAAUUCAAUUUCAAGAUGUCUUCAAAUUGUAUUUCCUGUCAGGCUUACUGAAAAAAAUGACAAUAUAAAACCUAGAAAUGCAACAAAUUACAUUAAAAUGUCGACAUUUGUGCUUGAUAAAUAACUUAAAGAAGCGAUUAUCAAAAUAUUUGGCGACUGAUUUCCUGUCAAUUGACUGAAUAUUUCAUAUUUAAGCAUAUGAGUAUUACAUUGAGACAGACUUGAAAAAAAAAUCUGAACUUUUCCUUCUAAACAGGCAGUGAAAAUGACUCCACAAAUAGCGUUUACGGAUAAGACGAUUUCUCAAAAACAAUGUGAAGUAGUGUUUAGAUUAACCUGAUUCAGUUGCCUUGGUAGUGAAUUUAUUAAAAGAAACAUUCAUUUGAAUGGGAAAUAAAUCUUUGCCAAAUAAUUACUGCAUGUACUAAUCUCCUCCUGUCUCCCUGUUAAAUCUCUAACUUAUAGAAAUUUAAAGCAGAUCCCACCUUGAAAUUUUCCUUUUUACUUUUUGUGCCACUUUUUUUCUUGUAGUCGAGGUUUGCUUUCUGUUGCUGUGUGACUUAGUCUUUUUUUUUUUUUUUUAAUCCUGAAUUGAUUAAAAAUAACAAAGAUCAUGCUGGUGAUGUUGAAACUGUUGUUAAAAACUCAUGUUGAAGAAAGGUCACAUGCUACGAACAUGGGUGUCUAAUCAGAGCACGUGUGUUAAGAGUGUAAGAGUACGACACCAACACAUCGUGGCGAGAUAAAACUCCCCCUUUACACCUUUUUAUCAGUGGAAAACAUGUUUUGCUGAAUUUGACCUUUUGCUGACUGCAGCAAUAAUUUGAUUUGACUUAAUCAGACAUUGUUAAAGCCGUGUCAAUAUUUUUGGUCAAGUCAGCACUGCAGUAUUUGUAAACUGGAUGUCUUAAAAGGGGCAAUGACACAAAGGGUGUUGGAUUACAUUUGGGAACAAUAUCUUCAACACACCUAGAUUAUUAAUUUCAUGAGAUGUUUGUGUGUAAAAUGAAUGCUGCAAUGUUUCCUUGACCUUUUCUCUGCCCUGGUCUUGCCUUGUUGUGGGUGAAUGCUGUGGUUUUGCCUUUGUUAUUUUCCAUGUUUUACUGCAUUACCUGUUACCCCCCCCCCCCCCCCCCCCCUUAUUUUUAUUAUUACCAACAUGAGGGAGAUACUGUGUGGUACAUAUGAAUUUAUAAUUUAUUGAAGCAGUUAGUUUUCAUUUGUGCACUGAACCGAACCCUCCACUGGUCCGAACUCUGUUUCGCCUCAUCCACAACACUUGAUCUUCGCAAUGAAAAUGACAUCAGUUGUGAUUUACAAAAUAAAUAAAAAUGAAAAGAAAUCACAAGGAACUCUUGUUUACUGACAUGUUUUAUUUUAUGGGAAAAAAUGAAACGAUAACAUUGGCUGAAUAGUAUUAAAAUUGCAUUACAAAAGAGCAAAUAUGUCUUUAUUAAGUGGUCAGAUUUAGAAAGUGCUCUAAUUCAGUUUUAAAACAACAAAGGGUCAAUUUGUAUUGAUUACAGUCAAUAGUCCAGAAAACGUGUCAUUAAAAUCCACUUUAAAUGAACAUAGUUUUAGUUACAUUUAUUUCUCCCCAGAAAAAUUCAUAGAAAUUCCCAAAUUCUCAUUUCCCUUUUUUUCUAAUUAUGAUCUACUAAUGAACAAUAAUAAUAAUAAUAAUACUAAUAAAUUACAGUGCAAUUUAGAAGAAAUACCUGCAGGGCUUUUUCUGCCCGUCAUUCCCUACUAGCGCUCCACUCUGCUCUUCACCAGCUCCCACAAACACUCGCCUCAUAAUUUGGAUGGACACUUUGGCACAAUCAAAGCACUCAUGAAAAUACUUUGUGUCAUAAUAGAGGCGAAGCCUGUGAGGCCAGUUCAGGUGGACAACUUUCACGUCAUAUUCAGAACAAAAACAUCCAACACUCAGCCUCUACUGCUCGCUUUGCAAACACUUCUCAUUUUAUUCCCCCCGUUUCCAUUCAUUAAGAUCAGGGAGUGACGAGGUCAGAGACUUGGAUCCGAAUGUUAUCUGCUGCAAAUUCUUGCUCUGUUUAUAAACACGGCUUCUUUUAUCAUCACUCCCUAAAUUUAUCUUUUUUGACGGAAAUGGUUUGGGAGUGAUGAGAUCAGCCCAGAGCCUAGAAAGCAAACAUAUCGUGCUUUUCUCCUCACUGCAACACAAAGGCACUGCUGCCUUUUGCAAACUGAUCAGUAAAGCUGCAGGACGGACGGGAAAAACACUGCUUCAUCGUUUCAUCGUCACUCCCUGAUCUCCUCUGAGCUGACAGUGAGUUGAUUCAAAAGGAGAGUGAGGAGGUCAUCAGAGACUAGACAUCAAAUAUCAAGUCUGUGCAUUAACAAACUUGAGUUGUCCGACUGAACUGAGCUUCACGUGCGACGUGUUUUCAACAUUUCGGACGUUUAAAUAAGAAUCAGCCAAAUAUACACAGAGAGAAAAAUCAAUUGACAAUUUUAAAAUGUUUUUUUUUCCCCCUUCAAUUUCAGAGUUUCAGAUAGUUUGGUCACGGGUUGCAGUUAGGGGUGGGCGACAUGUUUACAAUUUAUUUCACACCAUACUGACAUAUAACAUGAAUUUACCUAUAUCUAAUCCACACCUGGUAGUUGUUGCAGCUGUAUUUUGGGUAAUCCAUCAAAGUAAAAACCUAAAAAAAGACAAAGUACUUUAGAUGCAAAAUUAUAAAAUCCAAUAUUUCCAUAUAACCGCUAUUGAAUUUACCGAGUUGACACCACGUUUUUAACAGUACAGCAAAUGAAUAUCGUCUGAUGGUGCAUGUCGUCAUAUCGCCGACCCCUCACAGGUGUAGUUACUCUGUAGGCUGUUUGGGGGGGUGGGGGGUUUGCACAGAGUACCAUACCAGACUUGAGGGAUGAGUCACAUCUAAUCCAGAUCACAGGUCUUUGUGGGUUAACUGCAAACUUCUCUCUUGUCAUCUGUCACCUAAUCACAAAAAAUAUCAGCAAACUAUGACUCAUCUAGUCUCACAGUUGAGCAGUCGAGACCUUGGAGGUCACUUCCUGCCAGAACACCAUGCUAGUAAAAACCAGUCAGCCACGGGACUCUGAACAUCUGAUAUAUAACACACAGCAACAUGUGUUUGAUAAACCAUGUUCCUUUACAGUACAGCUGUAUACUGACUACAGUAAAAUGAGUGUGAGCCUGCAUACAGAUAAUCAGGAAGAGAUCUGAGACUAAACCCCGGUGCUUGUAAUGUAGACGAACAAAACAACUCUACCUGGAAAAUAUCUGAUCUGAGCGGACUAUAUCACCGACUUGUACACAGCAGAAAAAAGAACCAGAAAAUAAAUGGAAUACCAACAGUGCUCUCAGAGAAAAAAACAGCAGCAAAUCAAGAAAAAAAAAAAAUACAUCAACAAUAACCUGAACUACAACAAUAAAAGUAAUAGUUUAAUAUAAAAUUAAAAGUUAUUCGUGACUCCCCUCAUGUGCUGAUGUGGGGAGUGUGGAAGACAAACAGAGAAAUUAAAACAGCGCGACAUCUGCGGCCCGCUCCAGCAGCACAAGCAUGCUGUUCAUCGAAACAAGAGCUUGAAUUUGAUCGAGAAGGUAGGAAGAAUAGAAAUAUCCCUUAUUUUUUUUACAGGUGCAACAGCUGUUUUCCACUAACACACACACCGUGGGAUCCGGGGUAACUUCGCUGUGGUUUAAUUUAAUGUUUUGGAAUUACAGAUGACAUUAUAAAUGUUCCCAUAGGGUGGAUCUUUGGGACGAAAUAGACUUUAAUCUGAUCUCUUAAUGCGUGUCUGAAAUAUAUCUUAAAAUACACACAUUUAAAUGCCACAGGACAGUUUAUCACACACUGGUUUGUGUGUGUUUGUCAGCCAACGUUGUGUGUGUUCAGUGGUUACUGCUGCUUCAAGGAAAAAUCACUUUUAGGAAGAUUUUUAGACAUUAAUAAAGACAUUAUGAUAACAUAGCCAGAGGAUUUUUUUCUUAAUUGUUUGUAAGACAAUUUCAUAGCAUAUUUCCAAAAUCAUUCGAUGUCAUGCAUUCCUGAAUACCACGUGUGCAUACAUAAUUGUUUUUUUUUUUCCAUCAUACUGAUCUUUAUCUUUACACAACUUCUGGGCUAUUGUUACAAUUUCCAAUGAACCUUAUAGCCUCCACCACCCACGAACUGGUUAUAAAUGUUAAUCAUAUCCAUAUUGUUUCAACAAAUUAAAUGAUGAGGAUGAUACUGAAACCCAGUCAAUCAAUUCUAGCUAUUUGCUGUCAUUAAACCAGCAACCAGCUUGUAUGCCUUCAUGUCAGUGCAGCAACAGAUGCUUUGCAACAUGUAGGAAAGAAAAAAAAAAAAAGAAAUAAAAGCUUUUUUCCAUACAAUUAAAUAUU